AUGAAGGAAGAUAUAAUCGCGAAGAAAAACGUCAAAGUCGAGAUUCUAUCCAUCACGGACAGAUUACUAGUCGGCAAUGAAGGUCAUACGAUGUCCGAAAGAGUGGAGGCAUACCUUGCAAAGAACAAGAAAGCAGCAAAGGGAGAUGUUGCUGAUAUAUGGUUAAAGUUCGAGCAGCUGUACGCAAGGAAGCUAUGGCAUCAACUAACGCAGGAAAUUCGAGCUGCGCAAGCAAAUCCAGCUUUCACUGCUUCGUUAAACCAGAAAGAAUUCUACGACGGAUUCAUUUCCGAGUUCGAGCAUCGUAUAAAUGCCUUGCAGCUUGUGGAGAUCGCACUGCCCAUUGCUAAAUACAUAUUCGAAAAAGACAAGGAGGCAGCGUACGAGUUUCUUGCCAAAAUUGAAAAGACUGUAAGCAAAGAUAAGGGAGUGAGUGUACCGAAACUCGACCUCUUUCCACUUGGAGAAAAGGAAGAGAAGAAGAACGAGGGAAACACACGUUCACGUUCUCGCUCGCGCUCUCGUUCGAAGACUCGCUCGCGCUCCAGCUCUCGUUCCAGAAGACGCAGCUCAAGCCGAAGUCGGUCAAGAAGCAGGAGCAGAGGUCGCAAAAGUCGACGUUCCCGCCGCUCUAGGUCGCGUUCUCGUUCCCGCACCUAUUCUCCUGUGCCAAGAACUAAUCGUCGCGUCAUAAGUGGUAGAAUCCAUGUCUCUGGACUACCAUCAUCUAUCUCAAUUCGAGAUCUUGAACGAGAAUUUGAAAAAUUUGGCAGAGUGAUUGAUAUCUGGCUUGCCUCCUAUUACCCGUACUACGCAUUCAUUACAUUCAAGAGGGAGAAAGAUGCUGAGGAAGCCAUCCGGAUGAUGGAUGAGUCGUACCUUGAUAAUCAUCGCAUACGGGUUGCUUUGGCACGCAUCCAUGCCGGUCAAAUUGAACUCCGGCUCAACCACAAGGAUGGAAAUGAUCGAUUGGUUGACAUCAAAAAAGUCCGGGUAGGUCUUCUGUCCACUCAGGAUCUCAUAGAGUUGACCCAGAAGGAGAUCGAGAGCUUUGUUGGAGUCACGGAGGCCCAUGCUCCUUUUUAUAAGGAUUUGGCAAUCUGGCCCAUGUAUCUGAAAGAGGUGGGCGACUUUGCUGGAUACUAUCGAGAAGCUCUUCGUUACCUCGGUGUUGAAGACAUUAAUAAAAUGUCUGCUGAAGAGAAGCAUGUACAGGCUGUAUUAAUUGGAUUCGCUGCUCUACUCGGUGAUAAUGUGUACAAUUUUGGAGAAUUGCUGGCUCACCCAAUUUUGAAAGCUCUGGAAGGAUCCAGUGAGAAAUGGUUGUCUGAGGUUGAAUUCCUGGUGAUGAAAGCGCUGAGCAAGGAUUUGGUCCGUGGUGCAAUCGAUCAAGUCAAUAAAACUGUUUUGAUAACAUGGGUACAACCUAGGGUGUUGAAUACAACUCAGGUGCUUGCCAUGGCCAAUCGCAUCGCGGCUUGGAGCAAAGAUGUAAUGGCCAUGGAGAAUAUCGUCAGCGAAAAUGCCCGCGAAAUUCUCACUAAAUCGUAA